AUGGAUUAUUCAACUCAAACUGUAGCGUCUGCAUUUUAUUAUAUCUUGGGAAAAAACACUGGCAUUCGUGUAUCUAAGCAAGAGCUCGACCCAUUACCAAAGGUUCGUCAUUCGAAAGCAUCAAAACAUAUUAGCAAGAGUGCUGCAGCCGCAGAAACAGCCCAACCCAUUAGCCCAAAAACCAUACUACCAGUCAAAGCCAAAAGUCCAUCUUUAAAGUUAUUUCAUCUACAAGACCUGGCGGCUAGUACAAAACUAAAACCAUUCAAGCCCUCAUUCCAACCCAACACCAGCUCAAACCCAUCAAUAUCCAUUACGCGACGUGCCAAAUUGGCAACAAUACCUUUCAAAUCUGCUCAUACAGGUGCUGCUUCCAAAACAGACUCCAACCUAUCGGUGCUGUUGAUGGAUGUAGUACAUCCACCAUGGGUGAUUGCUGAUCAACUAAGCGAUACACAUGAUAUCAUUCAAGAUGCAGAGCUUGACCCAUGGGAAAAUGCUGAUUUCUCAUGGAGCGAUGAAGCACUGGCUCUCAAAGAACAGUUUCUUACUCAUAUACGCAAGCAAGACCAUUCAAAACCAGAUUCCCAAUUUAGUUUGGCAUAUAUCAACAAGCAUUUCAAAACAUUACGACUCCAUGGCCAAGGAAUUAAAGUGAUGGAUGCAAGCCUAUCAAAAUUCAUUUGCUUGGAAGAAUUAAGCCUGACUGGGAAUUUAAUUUCAACCGUGCAAAACAUUCCUGAAUCUGUCAAAGUGCUGCAUUUAAACGCCAACAAAUUAGACCAGUUUCCCAAAGUGUCACAUCUUAAAAACCUCCUUCAUCUUGGUAUCAGCUAUAAUACAAUUAGCACAGUUUCUCAUCCCCCAUCAACUAAGCAGGUUCAAUCCAUCACAUCGGCAAAACCAAAACUAAUGACAUCACGAAUCCAAACACUAAAAGGAUUGACAUCGCCUACGUUGCAUGCGCAAUCCAUUCAACCGUCAAAAGCUUUGACAAUGCUAUUGAAAAUGGAUACGGUCUUUCCACUAACCAUUGUAUCGUUGGAUCUUGCUUGGAAUAACUUGUGCAAUUUGGAAGAAACUGUCAAUCAUUUAAAAGUACUACCUCUUCUUAAAAUCUUGUCACUACAGGGAAAUCCGCUUUGUAUGGUCAGCGCAUACCCAAAGUAUGUAACAUGCAAUAUUCCCAAUCUAGCAUAUUUGGACGAGAAAGAAGUCCCCAAAAGCGCAUUAUCUCAAUCCAAGACUAUUGUAUUAGAGCAUUUAAACAUCUCUACAGUCAGGCUAGGGAUUGCUUUGAAAGAGUUGACUGGUGUAAUUGAAACAAGCAUUGUUCCUUCAGAUAAUCCUGAGCAACCACCAGACGAUCAACAUAUUAAUAGUGCCACAUUGGUCAUUAGAUACAAAUAUUUUAUUCAAAUAGAUAUUCCAAACAGCGGUGUGGUUCCAGUAGAAUCGGUUCCAGUUGACUGGGCAACACCAGAGAUCAAUAUUAAUUAUUCAUAUAUAGUUGCACUUCCAUUUACAACAGCACUUCGUGAUUCAUUUCAAGGCAUGUUUGUCCGCUUAAGAGUGCCAAUGAUUGUAUAUGCUUACAGAAUAUUGCUUGAUCAAAAACUAGAGGGAAUCAUUGCAAGUCUGCAUCGACGUCGUAUGAUGUUUAUACCGUGUCCAUCACCUAAGGAUGAUAUUGCUACAUCGCCGCAUCAAAUUGAAUCUGUACAAACAGGAAAAGACGUUGGUGCGGUUUCAGCUUCUACUCAAGAUCGUGCCAAAGGACCUGCAAAAAAAUCCACAGACAAGCCUGGAAAAAACAGCGCUGGAUCUACAGCAGUAAAAGGAAAAAAGGCACCAAAAACCGAUACAGGAGCGCAAUGGAUGGCUACGCCAGCAGAAACCACAGUGCUUGGUACGUUUCGCACAUCGCUCAGAGCACUUUUAUGUGGCCAGAGUCAGUUAUCAGGACAUUAUCAAUUUGAAUUGCCAGUCCAGAAAGAAACCCCUGUAGAAACCCAACCUGUACUGGCUGGAAUACUGCAUGCCGAGUUUACGCUCAACCCCAAUACGGACGAACACUCUUAAUCUCGUUUGUAUUUGAGCUGGACUGGUUAUUUUGAAUGAACUCGGAUUGAUGAAUCUCUUUGGAAGCAUUGUUUGUACAACUAAUUAGCACAUCCAAUAAGAUGCAACACAGUUGUUUAGACGAUACAAAUCAAGCCAAGAUAUGCAAAUUUGUUUAGAGCAUAUCUAAAAGCAUAGAAGACAUACAUUCUAAAGAAGCGGUUAAAGGCUUGACAUUCAAUUUCAUUGUCUACAAUUUGACAACUAUACUGAGUAAGCUUGUGGAUAUGACAGUCUUUGACUGUUAGCUCAUUGGGCUGCUUGAGGGGUUUUCCAAUGCUGCGUCUGG